AUGGUUCAGAUCGUGAGCAAAGCACUGCUGCUAUGUUUCUGUCUGUCUGGCGCACGCGAGCGCAUGAAUCCCUUCAAACCGCUGACAGUACUCGUACCCCUGCCUGAUAGUGACAAGAUGCUGGUUCACAUCAGCUGGAAUCAUUCUUCGGAUGGGAACUGGCAACUCAUGUACCACAUGUCCACGGGCGAACAUGGUCGACCCGUGCCGCUUUCUGGCGGCCAACUGCGUGAGUUUACAGCGCGGCUAGAGAGUGGUUUUGCUGUGCCGCGCGUACUUGAUCCUGUGUCUUUCAACAUGAAGAAGAGGAGGUGGAGAAAGGGCUGGGUUCGGUCAGGAAGAUGUGGCAGUUUAGAGCCUUAUUGGGACAAGAGCUCAAAGAAUCUUUCUAUGGCAAUCUGGGACGCCUACAGCGUGCUGGCAGCUUCGGACUUGCCCAAAACGAAGGUUCUAGUCAACGUCGGAGCUGGAGACGGGCCAGGAGCAGGCCAAAGUGUGGACCCCGUGUGGGUUUUGGCCUUGGGCUUCCAGCUCGACGCAGUCUUUGUGGAGCCUGGGUCACGUGAUUUCGAGAAGCUCAAGCAGAAUAUCGAGUCACAUCGAAUGCCGCUGGGGCUCUCUAGCGAGCCCUACCAAAUGGCACUAAAGCCCGAUGACAUCCCAAAGCUGGUACAAGGCUCUGCUGUAUUGCAAAAAGAUUUGCGUUGGCUCGACGUGCUAAAGGUUGAUAUAGAUGUGAACGAUUGCGAUGUGGCCGCAUCUUUUCUGAGAGAACGUCGCGCCCGGAUUGUUGUGAUCGAAGUGAACCCCUCCUUCCCGCCGCCCAUUCAUUUCUGCCAACAUGCGACCUCGCCGCCUCACGGCAACACAAAGCCACUGCAUGGAUGUUCCUUGAGCUACAUGGUGGAGUUGUUCGCAGGCUUCGACCUAUGGCUCUAUCGCUUCGAUGGCCAGGACGGACUCUUCGUCGACUCCUUUUUGGCGAAAGAGAUGAGAGAAGCUUUCGGCGAGCGCUUUCCCAAGGAUGAGAUCGACUGCUUCCAGUGGCCGCAGCUUUUGCCCUCGACGGCUUCGGCACCUGUCGACGACUUCCGGAACUGGUUUUACGACACAAAAGCGGAGGAGAUGUUAGACGUGGCUCUAACAACGGCGAAGGCCCAGUAUGCCCGCGAGAGGAGAUUGUGUCCCAUCGGACCAGAGGCCCAGUGCAAGUGGCACGACGUUGCUCUGGCUGGUGCCGGGACGAUGGUGAGGGCUCCACCCUACAAGUGGCUGGAUGCGGGGUCCCAGCUCGCGUGCAAGCAGGCCUGUUGCGAUGACACAUCCUGUCGCGCAGCGACCUUUUCAGGGUCGGGCGGAGGCACUUGCAUGUUGCACAAGCAGGUCCCUGUUUUGCCUCGCGGUCCUCUUCCAGAGUCCGGCGGCGACGCUGUUGACGUUGUGCACGUCCGUCGUGAGGCGAGGGAUGAGGAAGCAUGUAUGAAAGCUUUUCAAGUCUUGCAACCACACUUGCCGAUGACCAUCGGCUUGCCAAUCUGUGGACCUUCUUGCCAAUUCCCUGUGUGGCCUUGA